UGUACAUUUGUUGGGUAAUCAGGUAAAGAGGCUUGACCUUCUGACCCCCAUCCCGUCUGGGUAGUACUUCCGGGUCACGGCAUCGCGCCUUCCUGUCCCGCAAGGACGCGGCAUCUUGAGCAGUUUUCCGUCUUUGGAGGAGUUUUGCAGCGAUUCAACAGGCGACUCGGCCCGGACUGUGUAUCAACUAACUUCCAGAGGUUGAUCCAGCUCUCGUUGACAUGGCAACAACAGGCAGCACAGAAGGUUUGGAUGACGUAAGGAGAGGAUCACCAGGGGGUUCUGCCAACACCGUUUCCACCUUGCAUGGAGGAUCAGCAGGAGGUUCUGCCAGCACCGUUUCCACCUGGCAAGGAGGAUCAGCAGGGGGUUCUGCCAACACCGUUUCCACCUGGCAUGGAGGAUCAGCAGGGGGCUCUGCCAACACCGUUUCCACCUGGCAAGAAGAUAGUUGUGAGAAGUCUGGAGAGGAAACCGGGAGGCAGGACAAAGGUGUGAAAGUGUUCAGGUGUGAGGAGUGUGUCAAGCAGUUUGGUCGUCUUAGUCAUCUGAAGAGGCACAUGUGGACUCACACUGGGGAGAAACCCUACAGGUGUGAGGAGUGUGGCAGGCAGUUCAGUCAGCUGGGUGAACUGAAGACUCACAUGCGGAUUCACACUGGUGAGAAACCCUACAGGUGUGAGGAGUGUGGCAGACAGUUCAGUCAGCUGGGUAAUCUGAAGCGACACAUGCGGACUCACACUGGGGAGAAGCCAUACAGGUGUGAGGAGUGUAGCAGGCAGUUUCGUGAGCUUGGAAGUUGGAAUAGACACAAGCUGACUCACACAGGAGAGAAACCCUACAGGUGUGAGGAGUGCAGCAGGCAGUUCAGUGAGCUGGGUAAUCUAAAAACUCACAUGCAGACUCACACGGGUGAGAAACCCUACAAUUGUGAGGAGUGCAGCAGGCAGUUUCGUCAUCUCUAUAGCCUGAAGACACACAUGCGGACUCACACAGGGGAGAAACCCUACAGAUGUGAGGAGUGCAGCAGGCAGUUCAGUGAGCUGGGUAAUCUGAAGUCACACAUGCGGACUCACACUGGGGAGAAGCCAUACAGGUGUGAGGAGUGUAGCAGGCAGUUUCGUGAGCUUGGAAGUUGGAAUAGACACAUGCUGACUCACACAGGAGAGAAACCCUACAGGUGUGAGGCCUGCGGCAGGCUUUUUAGACAGCUCGGAAAUCUAAAGAAACACAUGCGGACUCACACUGGGGAGAAACCCUACAGGUGUGAGGAGUGUGGCAAGCGGUUCAGUUGUCGUAGUGCUUUGAAGACACACAUGCGGACUCACACUAGGGAGAAACCCUACAAGUGUGAGGAGUGCAGCAGGCAGUUCAGUCAGCUGGGUAGUCUGAAGAGACACAUGCGGACUCACACUGGAGAGAAACCCUACAGGUGUGAGGAGUGUGGCAAGCAGUUUAGUCAGCUGAGUAAUCUGAAGACCCACAUGCGGACUCACACUGGGGAGAAACCCUACACAUGUGGGGAAUGCAGCAGGCAGUUCAGUCAGCUUGGUCAUUUGAAGACUCACAUGCGGACUCACACUGGGGAGAAACCCUAUAUGUGUGGGGAAUGCAGCAGGCAGUUCAGUGAGCUGGGUGAUCUAAAGAAGCACAUCAGAACUCACACGGGUGAGAAACCCUACAGGUGUGAGAAGUGCAGCAGGCAGUUUAGUGAGCUUGGAACUCUAAAGAAACACAUGCUUACUCACACUGGGGAGAAACCCUACAGGUGUGAGGAGUGCAGCAAGCAGUUCAGUGAUCUGUGUGAUCUGAAGAAACACAUGCGGACUCACACUGGGGAGAAACCCUACAGGUGUGAGGAGUGCAGCAGGCAGUUCAGUCGUCCAGAUCAUCUGAAGACCCACAUGCGUACUCACACCGGUGAGAAACCCUACAGGUGUGAGGAGUGCAGCAGGCAGUUCAGUGAGCUUGGAAGUCUGAAGAAACACAUGCGGACUCACACUGGCGAGAAACCCUACAGGUGUGAGGAGUGCAGCAGGCAGUUUAGUGAGAUUGGUCAUCUGAAGAAACACAUGCGGACACACACUGGCGAGAAACCCUACACAUGUGGGGAAUGCAGCAGGCAGUUCAGUCAGCUCGGUCAUCUGAAGAGACACAUGCGGACUCACACAGGGGAGAAACCCUACAAGUGUGAGGAGUGUGCCAAGCAGUUCUGUUACCUGGGUCAUCUGAAGAGACACAUGCGGACUCACACUGGUGAGAAACCCUACAGGUGUGAAGAGUGCCGUAGGCAGUUCAGUCAGCUGGGUGAUCUGAAGACUCACAUGCGUACCCACACAGGUGAGAAACCCUACAGGUGUGAGGAGUGCGGCAGGCAGUUCAGUCGGCUGGGUGAUCUGAAGACUCUCAUGCGUACCCACACAGGUGAGAAACCCUACAGGUGUGAGGAGUGCAGCAGGCAGUUCAGUCGGCUAGGUCAUUUAAAGACUCACAUGCGGACUCACACAGGGGAGAAACCCUACAUGUGUGGGGAGUGUGGCUGGCAGUUCAGUCGGCUUGGUGAUCUGAAGACCCACAUGCGGACUCACAGUGGUGAGAAACCCUACAGGUGUGAGGAGUGUGCCAAGCAGUUCGGUCGUCUUAGUGAUCUAAAGAUACACAUGCGGACUCACACAGGGGAGAAACCCUACAGGUGUGAGGAGUGCA